AUGAGACUGAUGGAAAACACAUGCAUUUGUAGAAAAGACGUUUCAGAGAGUACAAUUUCACGUUUCCUAAAUAAAGAUGGCUAUUAUUAUCUACAAGCUCGGCAGAAAGGUCUGUUAAUGAAAGCUGAUAUGAAAAAGAGGAGAACUUUUGCACAGAGAAUGUAAAAUGAAUAUUCUCACGAUGUGUGGACUCAAGAUAUUGUGUUUUACCUCGACAGAACGGGAAUUGCGUAUAAGAGAACUUCGUUGGAUCAAGCCUUGGCACCCAAAGGCAGAGUAGGGCGCAAGAGAAGCGAAGGACUAACGCCAGGAUGUACUGCAAAGGGACAAAAGACAGGAACUGGUGGUCGAGUGGUAACGCUGAUGGUAGCUAUAAGUUAUGACAAGGGCAUGGUCAUAUGCAAAGCUUAUGAUAAGUUAGAUGGCCGUUAUUUUGCCAAUUUUAUUGACGAGAACUUUGAAAGCAUGUUUGGCAAUGCAGACAAAAGCCUAAAGCAAUUAUGGUUACAAGACGGACAUCCAAGUCAAAACUCAGCAAUGGCUCGUGCAGCUAUGGACCAUGCAAACUGUGAACUUCUAAAAAUACCCCCGAGAAGUCCGGACUUAAACCCUAUUGAGAAUAUUUUUAAACUAGUUUCAGACGCGUUGCAUAAGCAAGCGAUAAGGUUGCAAAUCACGAAGGAAACAUACGUGGAAUUUAAAAAUAGAGUUAUCUCUACAAUUCAAUAUUUACCCCUAGAAGUAAUAAAUAACACAAUUGGCUCAAUGCCACAUCGUGUGAAAGAAAUCAUUAAGAGGAAAGGACAGCGUUUAAGAUAUUAG